AAAAAAUGCGGAAUUCCACCUACGCGUCAGUCGUAAUUCGAGUCGUGAUUGAAUCUUAGUCGGAUAGCAAUCAUAUUACGCUUAAAUCUAAUUAGCAGAAUUGUCACAAAGUGAAUCCCUCGGGACGCGAGUGAAACCGCGUGGAACAGCUAGUAUGAAAAUAAACAAAUUAAAAUUAGAACAGACAUAAGGAAGGAAAAUCAUCAAAUACCAUUUAAAUUUUAGACUUAAGACACAAGUUGCGCUUUAUUAUGCACAUUUAACGAGUGCGUUCUGUCAUCAUGAUGUGUGUGAAUAUAUUUUCUUCUUUUAUUUCAUUUUAUGUGUCUUUUGUUAUAUUGUGUCCAUCGAGUCUGGCGAUAGAAGUAUCCGCGUAUGAUGGGCCUUACGGAUCAAAACGACUUUCUAACGGUACCACCUACAAGAUGCAUUUUCCCUCCGGUACAAUCUCACGUAUUAACUGCGAAGUGUACAAAAUUAAGGACAACGUGCAUGUUACAGCGUACAAAGAUGACGUUCCAUGGGAAGGAGAAAUAGGUCUUUCAAGCUCCUAUAUGAAAUAUUUUGAUGAUGAUGGAUUUUUAAUCGCUUUAUUCCAUAUUAAGUUGAAGACAUGUACGAAAGAAAACAUAUGCAUAUCACACACCAUUGUCGAAGGAAGAUGUGAUUCAGAUGCAACUUGGCUCUCAAAAGCAGAAACCUCUUGUGAAUAUACCUCCCUACAAUGUGGCGUUGGAGUGACUGUGUCAGACGUCACAACAGCCUAUGUCCUGGAAAGAAACGCAUCGAGUGUAAGCACGUCGACAGCGUCUACAACGACGAGGAGGCCGGUGACGAGCGAGCUCGCUGCUACUGACCAGCCAGAGACAGACGCCGCCAGUGAGAACUGGACAGCGACUAUCGUCACGGUUGCGGUAACAUCGGCGGCGGUGUUGCUGCUGGCGCUCAUCACAGUGGCCUGCAUACGUCUCUGUCGCGCGCGAACUCCCGGUCAGCCAGCUUCAGACCGCUUUUGGAAUCGGUUCUACGUGAACAACUUGAUGCGAGAUGAAUGCAAUGCGGAGAUACGCGAGCGCGAGCGACGCGAUGCGGAGAUACGCGAGCGCGAGCGACGCGAUGCGGAGCCGGAAUAUGAUUACGUGUACGACCACGACCCUCGUACACAAACAACUCGCUAAAUAUUGUUACACUCGGCAUCAAACCAACAGUUUUGUGUGCAGUGCAGUGCCGAGCUCAGCUUACUGCUCAACAAUCCUUUCUCAUCUACUAAUUAUGUACCUACAGGGGAAACGCCUUCUUUGCUAAGAGAGAUUCAAACUCGGCUACAAAACAGCAGUUUUCGAUUUCGAACGUCAGAAGCUUCAACAAACUGCCCCUUA